ACUGCAUGGACAUCAGUCUUUCACUCCAGCUCCGCAGUGCUCACGCGUUUCCCGGGGAUUUGAUGGAUUUGAAGGAUUUGAAGAGUGAUUUUAAGGGCUGACUUUAACUUUUUUUGUCAUGGAUAGCCUGACUGAGCCUGGCGUUCAACAAACAGGAGCCCCUCCUCGGUCUCAUCUGGCAUGAAAAAAAAUCAUCUCAAAGACAAAAUAUGAUGAACAGCAAGCGGGUGCAGAGUUUCAUGGAUCCUCUAGCUCAAGGCAAGAUGGCAAGACUUGAGGGUACUGUGGGGACCAUGGUCCCUCCAGGGCUUUCCAAAGCAGACAACGUGCCACAGUACUCCCAAGACAAAUCCUUACCCUACAGACAGAGCUACAUAUCUUGCUCUCUCAGUGGACAAGAGGCUUUAGAUCUUCCUUCAGCAUGGAGCCCCUCUAGGACUUGUGUGAGAAAUGGAGGGAGCCCAGUGGUUCAUUCUUCAGCCACAGAGGGGUCAAUUACGAAUCCAAUCUUUUACAGACCUGAAAAUGUGCCUUUCCCUGUAGACAGUGGUUCCCCUGCUGCAGCUGAGGAGUUAGCAGCAAAGCACAAGCUUGUGUACUAUAACAGAAGCAAGCACAGCCCCAGUACUACAGGUGUAGUCUCUCCUGUUGCUGUUAGGAAACUUCCUGUAGCGUGCACAAGCUUGUCCCCCUCAACAGCAGAAAACUCAGUUGGGCUUGCUAUUCCAAAACCAGUGUAUGGACAUAGCCCCUGCUGCACUGACCGAAAGUGCACAGUACGCCAGAGCUAUGCUGUGGAACGAGGGCUGCAAAGGGUGCCCCCUCAAAUAUUUGAGGAUGACUGGGCUGCACAUUACAGUCACUGGGCGUAUCUGCACAAAAAGGAGCAGGAAGCACUGAUGCAGCAGAGGAUAUUGCCAUUUGAGCACUGUGGAGAGAGAGUACCGUUGAAAGAUGUAACCACACAGGGAUACCAUGGUCACAGCCCAAGUAGACCGAGGAGGGUAUCUGCGUUUACUGAGCCGAGCCAUAGCAGCUACCCCUAUAGCCCAGUUCAUUCAUUUGUCCCUGCUUCACCAGAGCACUGCCAUCGUUUCCAGAUGCGCCCACAAAUGCAUAAAGACCUGCCUCCUAUGUAUGAACCACUGACUAGAAUGCACUAUGGAACACCUACGCAUGGUUAUCAAGAUCGUCCUCACAUAUCCAAGUAUCGAGAAAUACCUCAGCAUUCUUUGCUUUACUGUCCACAGAAUAACGAAGAGGUUUACAGACCAGAGAAUCCUCGUCAUAUGGUUGAAAAGCAAUGCCAUGUUCCUCAGCCUUAUUACAGUGAUUUGCCAAAUCCUUACUCUAUGGUCCCAAGCCACUCUGCUACCAGGGCUUUACCUGCUUAUUCUGGUUAUAGAAUGCACUUAAAUAGUAGCCAAGUGAACCCGUUCACCGAGAGGCAAUGUCCUCCUCCCGUCGUGCACCAGGCAGAUCGACCUCUGGACUUCUCCAUGCGGAGAGAGCAGAAUGUAGACUCCCACCGGGAGCCUCAUGGACAGGUUGGGACUUCAGGGACUUUCCACCAAGCACAGGUUUCAAACCAUGUAGGCACUCAAAAUUGCAACCUUGGCUCACCAAAUCAGAGCCGAGAUGGCUUUCCGGUUAGCAGUAGCCAUAACUACAUGGCCUCUCCUCAGUGCACUGGUGGUAUAUCUAAUAAAAAACAGAGUUCAUGUAUUUCAGACAAUCAAGCAAACAGUACCUUAAUAUCUAAAAGGCACAGAGAGGAAAGUGAUAAUAGUUGUGAAAAUGGUCCUUUGGAAAAAGUUAAAAAAAAACAGCAGACAUCUGAUGAGGCUCAUUCUCCCUCUUCCCCUCCAAUGCCAGUCAUAAACAAAGUCUUUAGCCUCGCCCCUUACAAAGCCUAUUUAGAAGCCACAGGCAUGUUCUCCCCAGAACAUCCUGAUAGUUCUAAGCUUCAAGCUGACUCAAAACCACUGAAAGAAGAGCCAGAACUGCAAAGCACGGACCCAAAAACUGCUUCAGGUCAAGAUGACCUUAAGUUGAAAGCAGUCAAAACACCACCAGCUAGCAGCCGUGAUUCAGAAGAACUACAAAUGGUAAAGGUCAAAAAAGAGAAAGUAGAGCCAGAUGAUGCAUCAUGUCAGUCAAAAAUGAAUGAUAGCCCCGGUCCUGCAAUUAACCAUAACUGCAAUGAUGGAGUCAAAGAAGAGCCAGCAGAUUUAAAACCAGCAGUGUGCGAUAUUGAACACAACCUUGUUGUUGUGAAGAGUGACUCAGAACCAGAAUGUAAGCCAGUCACGCCAGAAAUUGCAGAAUCCUGCCUUGAAUUGAAGGUUGAGCCCAGCCCGAUAGAUAAAGUGGAAACUGUACAGACUCAAAACACCAUCACAAAACCUUCUGAGCUUCCAGCCACUUUGUCUCCUAAAAUCCCAGCUCCACCUCAGACAUCUCAGACAACGUUUUCCAUCAGUAAUAUCUCUCCUCAUUGCCUUAAACUGUCUAGCUAUAGUAUCAUUGUGCCUGAAGUUCUGAAAGCUCCUGUGACCCCAGGCCCUGAGGUUCUUCAGUCCCCUGCUGAGACAAGACCAGCCGUGAGCAGCAGCAGACAGGCCCGGCAUCAGUUCAUGGAGCUUCACCAGUCACUUUGCAGGCUCAUAUCAACCUGUGUUUCUCAGACCUCACAUUGGGAGGUCAGGGAAUGGCUAUCCAGUUUGAACCUUGUUUGUCCUCCAGCCAAAACCCAGAAAGUAUCAUGCCUCCUGGGUUCCAAGGCUAGAGAGGUUUGGCUGAGAGGUGAAGAGACAGUGACGGCACUCCAGAAGGUCCUUAGCCAGUUUGAGAAUUACGUCAGAAGACGUGAGUGCCCCUUUCCUCAUGUCAUCAGAGCAGGGGCAGUGUUCAUCCCCAUGCUGGUGGUGAAAGAGGUCCUGUUUCCUCAGGUCCAUGGUGCAUUCAUAGACCAGGUGCUGCAGGAGCAUAAAGUUGAGCUGCGGCCUACCACGCUUUCAGAGGAGAGACACUUGACUCAACUCCACAGACGGGCCUUUUCGUCUAAACUCCGGAGGCUCCUAUCCCUCAAACACCUGCCAGAUGUUUAUCCAGAUGUCCUCAACCUCCUCUACUAUGACAGUGCCUGCAAGUUCAUUGAUCCCACUCCUACAGAUGAUGUCCAAAAAAUUGCUCAGGAGUAGAGUUCAGCUCCACCUUUAAGAGAGAAUGUGCAGAGUGCUCUGAUGAAGCUGAAAGUUUUGUUAAUGAGCUGGAGAUACACUGCACAUCCCCGAGGCCGCAAACGCCAGAUACCAUGACACACCUAGAGAACCUCAAAGAAACGUCUUGCCUGAAG